AUGUUGACAAUUUGGAGACCAAGAUGCAUGAUAUAUGCGCAGAAACUUGGCCCUAUAGGUGAACUGAUAUGUCGUCAUUACACGAGUGGAAACACUCCACCAUCGUUUUUUGGGGAUAGUUCCAAGUUGCCCAAAACGUAUGACCAGAUCCAGCAGACAUCCAAUAGCCGUAUAAAGGCACCGUCUACGUUGCCAGAUAGUGCACAAGAUGGCAGUUCAGGAAGCGAAACGAAAAUUGUACAGGCACAAAACAACUCGGCAGGUCCCCAAUACACUGAAUUUUUCAGAGGUCUUGCGUAUAUUGCAUUAACAGGAACCCUGAUAUAUAUACUAGCAGAUCAGCGGAAGCAGUUAGACAGGUACAAAAAGCAACUAGCGAUCACAAGAAAGGCACAGAAAGAGAUGAUUCUACAGAUGCAAAAAUACAAGAAGAAAAUCACUGCGGAUACUGUGAAGAAAACCUAA